AUGUAUAUUUUCCAGGAGCUCUUCGUUCCUAUCAACACUAAGGGCGAAAUGUACGAGGUGUGUCCCGAGGAGUUGUCUCCUAGUGAGUGGGACACGUCCUCACCACCGGCCACCGUCCCCCCGGAGAUAGCAUCACGAGCUCAUCGCCUGCCGCAUCUCCUCAGCCUGUGGAGAUUACCAGCUAGAGUCAGGCUGCUGGCUGGGACCGUACCUAUUGAAAUGGCACAUGAUGUUGGAGACGAUCUACUUCUUCGGGCUGCUAUCACAGAGCCUGUGUUGGUAAUGUGUACUCUACCAGAGUAUAGCUCCUUGCCGUCGAGUCCCAGCAAGCAAGUAGAUCCGAGGUACUAUGCCAAGGAAACACUGCAGCUCUUACCAUUGAACAGCAACAUCAAAGUCCGAAGAACGCAGCUCGGCUUCGAAAACGAAAAGAGAAUGUUUCUCUCCGCGCGACUCCAGAAAGCUCUAACCUUCUGUCAACUGAACGUUGACAACUGGAUCAGGCAGAUUUCCUACGCUAAUUCCACUGUUGUCAGCAAAGCGAAGACAGUGGAAGAACUCAUGAAAGAAGACCACGAACCAGUCAAGUUUGAGAAAGAAAAGAAGUUCACCCUUCAGGGUUUAAAGAUUGAUACAUCAAGAUUAUUCGGGAAAAGUGACAAAGUAUUGAGGGACAUCCCCGACGAAACGGAAGGCUCUAUCAUAUUCUUAAGUAAAAACGAACUCGAGCAUAUGAACUAUGACGUGUACAGCGACGAGGAGGGAAAAGAUGAUAAGAGUGAUGAGAAACUUGAGACGGAACAGUUCUCUAGCGACAAGAUGCACGUGUUCAGAGAAGACUCUGGACAGAGGAAGAACAAGUGGUUUAAAAAUUUAAAACUACUCAAAAGUACUGAGAAGUUGGAUGACAAAAUAACAGCGAUAGAGAAUAAUGAUAAACAUAGAGACAUUAAAGAUCCGUUUGAUCCGUUGGGUGAGAAACAUAGUUCCAUAGAACGAUAUCAAGAUAUGGCGAAACUGAUAGAGGAUAGAUUUGGCGUCUUUAGGAAAAACGAUGGAACGGCGGAGAAGAGCCAUUCAUACAAAAGUCUCACAACGUCUUCAUCUGAGAUGGGAACGAGUCAGUGUAGUUCGAGUCAUAAAAAGGUUGUGUUGACGAAAUUCGUGUCAGUACAGACGGGGAUGCCGGACAGUUCAUACACGGAGGAAGAAGACAGUGGAAUAAAUAUGAAACAUGGACGAAAGAACCUUAGUGUUGACCAAAUAAACUACUGCGGGUCCAUGGAGAGCGACACGAGCUCUGGAAGAAAAUUGAAAUCCCUCGACGAAAACAUGCUGAAGAAAUCUUCAGCAUCUAAAUCAUCAUCAAAUCUGGAGAGGAGGCAGAGGAUACAGCCAGACCUUAUACCAGAGAAAGCAAUCGUGAAAUCCGAGUCAUACAACCAAAUACAAAGCUGUGAAGAUAUUAAUAUGUUUGGGGCUGGAUCUCUAUACAACGAUAAUGACUUCGAGAUUAAUUACAAGCAACAUUCAUUCAUCACAGAAAAGUUAUGUUCCGAAUUUCACGUAAAAACAAAACGUGUUCUCAGUAAAUCUACUUCAAAUUUACUUCAUCCAAAGAAAUCUAAUGAAAAGAAGGAAGCCAGCAACAGUAACAGCAUGCCGACCAAAACAGAAAGGACCAGUGAAAAUGAUAAAUUGGCGAAUUUCAGAAAGAAAAUUGAGAAACCGAGAGCUCCCACACCUAAGUCCGAGUUGGACGAAACAUCUCCAGUCGAUAUAUCAGAAGAAGAGCCUCAGAUACAGAAGAAACUGAGGCGAUCGAUAUCAUCAAUACAGAAGAGAAAGUUACCUGUUAUUGAAGAUCUACCUUACGGCCAAGUAGCGGACGCGGUUCAUGUGGAAGAAGAAACUAUCGAAUCAGACUCCACAUCAGACAAUAUAUACGCAGAAAUAUGUCCACCCAACAACAAAACCAGUGAAGAAGAAACUUACGAUUACAACGUUGACGUACUAGCAACGGAUCCCGUUAUAUGUAACGUUAAGAAGGAAGUGAUACAUCGCAACGAUGAGAGAGCGAGACAGAUGAUCAAUCAGGAGAACUCAUUCAGACACAUAGAAGUUGUCGUUAUAGAGAAAACGACGGAUUUCGAACUGGACACUUCAAGUAUAACGUCCAGUGAGUCUGAUGAUACUGAGAGCAGAAACGAAGUGUCCAUAGCAGUUGAUUCAUGGGAACGGGAUAAGAAUACGGAACAGAACAUACACGCGAUCAGAUUAGAAAUAACGAGCAACAUGGAGGAUUAUCCCGUUGAGAACAUCGACAGUGAAGUCAUAAGCAAACAUAACUUGAACUUCAGCAACAGUAUACAUCUGAACGGUAACUAUCCCAACGAGGCCAUCUAUGAUACCUUAAAAUAG